AUGCAACAAUGUCAACAAUGCCGUCGGUCGCUUGAGACCGAGCUACUUGAUGCACCUGUAUUGGGCGAGUCCUAUGUCCUUCUUCCGACUUCAAGUGCGUCUCAGAGCAUGUUGCUGCUACAGAAAUUGCCAGCAAAUGCAGCGAUGCCGCCAGAGAUGGAUGGAUCUGGAGGAUUUGGAGAGGAUUUGUAUGCUAGUGCACGCUACAAUUUGUCGCUCCAGCAGCAGCACCAACAGGAACAGAGACGGCAACAGGCGCAACGUCGUCAGAAACUGCAGCAACGACAGCGACGUCAGCAACAGAAAAUGAGAGACAGUUAUGCUAAUGCUGGCGAGUAUUUUGAAGCUCAUGUACGCCACACAAGCCACGAGAAGGAGAAGCUCGAGAUGGAGGACAGUUUCGUGGCUGUACCGACCUAUGCAGACCUAAGUCAUCAUGUCCAGUUGCUCACGACACAACAGGCACAUUGUACGGGACUGCCUGUAUAUACGCCAGUGUGCAAGGACUGCAUGGACGGGAUGGUUACGAUUAUCGAUGGUCGUGCUGAGCGGGCUCGGUAUGAAAAGCGCUGCUUUGCGGGUUUUCUGCACAAGACAACGAGCUCAAGUGUUCACAGCCAAGAUACUGAGCAGAUCGACGACAAGACUCGCUUUUACGAGAACGAACUGGAGGCACUGGUGGAAAAUUUGAAGCUAAUGGAGAACGAAAGGAGUGCUAUUGCUCAGCAAGAAGAAGCGAUAAAUGAUGUGGAAAAGGCUCUCAUGCAUGAAGAAGCUGGACUGUGGGCCCAGCUCAACGAGCUGCAGCUGCAAAAAGCUGCUUAUGAAGAAAUUCGGGACGCUGGUACGGCCCAAAUUGAUGCGAUGGAGCGCAAAGUGGCGUCAGCCAAACAUUUGAACAUCCUUACGGACAUGUUUGCCAUUGGCAGUGAUGGCAUGUUUGGCACAAUAAACCAAUUUCGCAUGGGACAGUCAGCGUCAUCUGUGGUGGAAUGGAACGAGAUAAACGCAGGCUUUGGCGAGUGCGCUUUGCUAUUGCAGACGUUAGCAAGCAUCGUUGGCUUGGAUUUUACCGACUUCAAGAUUGUACCGCUGGGGAGCUUUUCGAAAGUAAUUCGGACGAGCAAUCUCCGCAUGGAGUACUGUUUACAUGGCUCGGACCAGCAAAAUUUCGCUGAGUCUCAUUUCAACUUGGGCCUGGGCGCCUGGAUCUCAUGCCUUGGCCAAUUGAUGGCCUAUGUUCGAGCGCGAGACCCGUCCAUCCGGUUACCUUACAAAGUUGCGAAGCAUUCCGUCGGCGGAUACUCAAUUCUCUUUCUGAAAAACAAGCACAAGGAAUGGACCAAGGCUCUUAUGUACGCACUUACCAACUUGAAGUGGUUGCUUACGUGGGUUUCUGCGCGCGGAUACAGCAUUACAGCGCCAAGCACUACUGCUUCGACUGGUCCGAGUAAAGCUGCUAUUGCUUUUGCUGCCAACCCCCCCAUUAUGGAAAGCAGCGGCUCAAAGCAGAGCGUUGUGAUCAUGGAGCACUUCUCGUAA